AUGUUCAUUCAAGAAUUGUGGAAACUUGACUGUGGUUGGGAUGAACCACUUGCCGAAGGCAUGCAUGAUCGCUGGCACGAAUAUCGUCGAAACUUGACUGGGGCCUGCGUCUACGUGAGAAGUAUCUCCAAUAGCGGGUCAGUUGCUGUACACCUACUGGCAUCGAAGUACCGUGUCGCCCCUCUUGAGAACCUGAAAAAGAAGAAGCAAAGCCAAACGAUUCCGCGCUUGGAGCUUUCUUCAGCUUUACUCCUUUCCCACCUCUACGAAAGAGUGGUCAGUAGCACACACUUCACAGCCCCAGCUUUCUUUUGGACAGAUUCGAUGAUUGUUAAGUGCUGGUUAGCAUCAUCACCGUCGCGAUGGAAAGAAUUCGUUGCGAACCGAGUUUCAGAAAUCCAGCAUAUAACGAAAGGCAGCAUCUGGAAUCACGUAUCAGGAGUUGAAAACCCAGCCGAUAUAGUUUCUCGCGGCAUGACGCCUGCGCAGCUACAGUACCAAUCGCUAUGGUUUGGUGGACCUCACUGGCUGCUUCCGGAGCAAGAUAACUGGCCGGGAACACUGCAAGCUUGCGAAGACAGCAUUGACAGAUCAGUACUAGAGGAAAAAGGAGCCGUUGUCGCAGUUCUGAAAUCCGUUUCUCCCAGUGAGCUGUUUAACCUGCGAUCAACUUACACUGGAUUGGUGCGACUCACAGCAUAUAUUUGUCGGUUCCGUUUCAACGCUCAAGCUGCAAAUCGGAAUUGCCGAAACCUAGGAAGUUUAACUGUCAAGGAACUCGACGGCGCUCUACGGACACUUGUCUCUCUGUCUCAGCGAGAAUGUUUCCCACAAGAGCUGGCGGAUUUGACCAACAAUCGUCCACUACGUAAUUCAUCGAUCCUUUCGCUCGAUCCUCAGCUAAUUGAAGGCAUACUCUGCGUUGGCGGCCGGUACGACACGCACAUCUGUCUAACAGUCGAAAGCAUCCGUUCAUUUUGGAUCGUCGUCACCCUCUAG